UUGUAUGCAUGUGCAGGGUGCUGAAGGUUUUCAGAAAACAGGCAUUUUAAUUAACCAUUUUAAUUUGUUAAAACAGUGUAGAAAUUGAUUAAAACGGACGAAUGAGUAGAAACUAGCUGACAUGAGGAAUGUAUUUUGUUAUGUUUACAUUGAUAAUGAAUGUAAAGAUAUUGUAAGACAAUGAUUCGAAUUGUGCUACAAAUGGUACAAUCUGAGGAAUAAACACACUAUUAUUUUUAUGUAAAUAGGUCCAUGUUUGUAAUCCAGGGUAUUAAAGAAGAAUCAAGUCUAAUAUUAAUAUAAUAACAUAAAUAUAUAAUGAUCAUGAUUGUACUGUUAUGUUGUGAUGUUUAUAAUAUUAUGAUGCACACAUUCUUUUCUCUAUAUAAUAUAAUUUGUAUACUUGGUCUAUGGAUGGUUAAAAACACAGUGGAACAUCUAACUUUUUUUUGGUAUGUGAGACUUGCUGCAUUCUUGCCAUAAUAACUUUUGGUCUAAAUGCUGAAAUCAACCAGAUCUUAAGUGUUUCUCAAUCCUUGCUGGGCAAUGCUACUGUGUUCCUACACACAUACACACAUGGGAGUGGUCUGAGGUCAGAGAAGGACUUCAAGUAUUGAUGUGAUUAUAUAAAGCUUUGAUUGUUUGUUUAGAAGUCUCACCAGAGUCUCUCGCCCACAGCUCAAAGAUGUCGCCACUGGUUCUUGGAGUAGGUGUUUGCUUGGCUGGGUGGAUUGCUCUCUAUGCACUGCUGUGUUACACAAACGGCUCUUGUGGCUAUGAAUGGAACUGUCGGCUGGUCACACUGUUUCACGGCAUCCUUGCAGUGUGUAUAACUGCCUAUAUAGGCUACGUAGAUGGACCAUGGCCUUUCACCUACCCAGGCACAAAGAACACCCCUCUCCAAAUCACAGCAAUGGUGGUCAGUCUUGGCUACUUCAUCUUCGACAUGGCCUGGUGCGUGUACUUCCAGACUGAGGGUCUGGUAAUGCUUGCCCAUCACACCAUGAGCAUCCUGGGUAUUCUGCUGACCCUGUGGCUUGGUGAAUCAGGCAUCGAGUCCUGCGCUGUGAUCUUUGGCAGUGAGAUCACCAACCCGCUGCUGCAGACCCGGUGGUUCUUGAAGCACUCUGGCCGCUACAACACUUUCCUGGGUGACUUGGUGGACGUACUGUUUGUGCUCUUGUUCGUCAUUAUGCGAGUAUUCGUGGGCGGUGCCAUGCUGUACUGCGAGCUGAUCUCACCCAGGCCAAAGUUCAUUAUCAAGUGUGGUGGCGUGGCCAUGUACAUCUUGUCGUGGGUGUUCGUAGCUGACAUUUUCCGUUUUGCAUACCGUAAAAGCAGCGUGAAAUUCCAGCACUGGAAGAGUCCAGUGCAAGUAAAUACCGAUGCCAACAGCCACGCAAUUAAGAGAGACUAGUAGGGAGGUCUCUUCAACCAGGACAUUAUUUUGAUCAGAAUAUACACCUCUACAGGUAUUAAUCAGAUAUCAACUUUGACUAACUUUGUUAACUAUGUUUUUUAUGAACAUGAAUGUAGAGGUAUAUGACAGAGACGGCUUUUAUAAUUGAUUUAAACUCGAAAUAGUAGUUUUGCUUAAUUGUUUAAGGAAAUAAUUAUUUUUCGAUUUUUUUAACCUCAAAUUUUUAACUUUUGUAAUAAAACACUAACUUGGCCAAGUCUUUUUUUAGUCAGAAUUUCAAAAGCCCUUCAAGCUUGAUACUGUAGAAGAGGCUCCUAAAUCUCUUGCUCAGAACACUGAAGCAUGGAGAAUGUUUUUUUUUUAAAUGGUUAUUAUAUUGAAAUCCUUCAAAUUAAUUCUUAAUCUAACAUGAUCCGUGGACUUGGAUGUUAAACUUAGAAGUCAUUUUUGUGUCAUGUCUUUGUUUUAGAACUCUAUAACACACUGUAUUAAUAAGCAACACACUGUGAAGCAUUCGAAGGUUUGCUUGCGUGAAAUUAAUUUUGUAAUAUUGUAAUGUUGAAAAGCCACAUUCGAGUUUUGACACUUUUUUAACUUGUGCAAUAUUAUGUGUGCAUUUACUGUGGUGUUUACAUUGUUUUUGUAAACCUAAGGAUUUCAAAUAAUUUUGACAGUGAUAAUAAAUGCCAUUUCACUUCUUUUUGCA